AUGUCGGGCGGCUUUAUCCGCGAUGCCGUUCUCUCGCACUGCCAGCCGCACGUGCCGGAAUUGUCGUCUUCUGAUGGCGCUGCCACCCCGCUCCCCGCCGUCCCUUUCCUCCUCUCCUCCAACUCCGUCAUUCGCGGCAAAUGGCGCUACCAAGACCCUCCCGCUUCCGCCGCCGCCGCCGCCGCCGCCGCAGCAGCAGCUGCAGCCGACGGAAACGACACUUCAUCAUCGCCGGCAGCAGCAGACGGUUUGCCGGCAGGAACAACCGCCCAGCCGGCAGUCCGGCACAAGGUCCUGACGACCGACUCGGGCGCGUUCGAUUUCUGGACGGAGCACGUCGUUCCGACGGAAAACGGCACAUUGGACGUGGGCGCGCUCGUCUAUAUCACAUCGCAGACGGAAUGGGCGGAAAGCUACAUGGGGACGGUGGUGGUGCGCGCGGAGGGGUAUUUUUCCAUGCGCGCGGGGGUGCUGUGUAUGGUCGGGUGCCAGAGCCGGUUGGGGGGAGGCGCGGGGGGAGGGGAAGGGGAGGAGUCCGCGAAGGCGGAAGAUCCGUAUGCGGAUCCGCGGAGGUGCAACAUGCUGCUGGUGCUGAAGUUUAAGGCGAAAAACGUGGCGGAGUGGCAAAAGCACGCUCAGGAGCAGGCAGAGGAGCGCUUGGAACGGAUAGCCGUGGCUAAGUAUGGAGUCAACGGGGAGGGGAAGAGCAACGCCGCCGCUGCUGCUGCUGCCGCUGCCGGCAGCAGUGGGGGGGAAGAAGGGCAAGGAGAAGCAGGAGCAGCAGGCGGAGCAGCGGCAGGAGUAGGGGUGAUUGACCCGCACACUCUGAAAGAACGAACGGACAUCACGAAAGCAGAUCUUCUAGACGAGUUGGGAUCCGAGGCGGAUGAUACGACCAUUGUCGCCGACGUGCUUGUAAUGGAGGGCACUGUAACGAGUACAAUCCCGGCGGAGCAGGCGGGGGAGGGGAGUGAGUUCUUUGGGCCGCUGGCAGUGGCGGGGGAGACGGAGUCGCUGAGUCAGCAGGCGGAGCUGUUCGAUUGGGACAUGGUCGUGUCAGCUGUGCUCUCUGGAUUUCAAGCUCUGGCAGUGUUUUCUCAGGUGCUGCACGUGCGCUCGCACCCCCAUGCACACUUCACCUCGCUCACAAUGAUCGCCACGCAGAUCAUCGUCUUCGCGUCCUUCUGGCUGCGAGACCUCUACUACCCGCUCUCCUUCCUCUCAUCAGACGUCCUCUCCUACCUCCUAACCCAACUCGCCACCCUCCCCCACGCCAUCGAGUUCCUAACCCUCCUUCUCUACGUCCUCCUCUUUGUCGCCGUGGAAAGGAAGAGGAAACGGGCCACAGCAGCGUAUGCAGCAGCAGCCAGUGGUCUCCCUCAGCAGGUGCAGUUGCUACCUCCCCCGAGUGACGCCUACGUGGCGCUGACGAUCAUGGGCAUGGUGGGGGUGGGUGGCGGCAUUCUCUACGUGCGGGAAGCUACAGACGUGCUGCUACAGCUGGCCCACUUCCUCUUCCUGCUCCCCCAGUCCAUUGCCUUCGCCAUCUGGCAACCACCACUCGCUGCCUGCCGCGGAGUCUCUCUCAAAUUCGCUGUGGGCAACUGGGCCGCUCAGUCCAUCUGGCUUGUCUUUGACUGCUGGCGGCCCCGCCUGCUUGGAUACGACGCACUCUUCCCCUUCCCCCACGCCUACUUUUGGCCCUUCUUCGUCAUCAUGACGUGGCAUCUAGCUGUCUUCCUUGCACAGUGGAAGUUCGCGCGCGAGCGCCUCACAGCCGCCACCGUUCCACUCAAUUCCUCUCACAGCAUCGUCACCCUCCAGAGACGGCUGGCCUCUUGCAGCAAACGCUCAAUCCCCCGUCGGUUCCCCUCAUCUCGAGCUACAGCCGUUCGAGCUACAGCCGUCAGCGAUGCGCCUUCCCGAGUCGCGGAUUCGGGGUCGAGCGGGCUUGACCCAGAACUCGCCAAGUCGCCGUUCAAAGUGAUUGUAGCGGGGGCGGGAAUCGGCGGUCUCGUGUUCGCGCUGUCAUGCAAGAACCGUGGGAUUGACGUGGAGGUCUUCGAGCGGGAUCUGACCGCGAUUCGCGGCGAGGGGCAGUACCGCGGGCCGAUUCAGAUUCAGAGCAACGCGCUGGCGGCGCUGGAGGCGGUGGACCUGCGCGUGGCGGAGGAGGUGAUGGCGGCGGGGUGCAUCACGGGCGACCGCAUCAACGGGCUCUGCGACGGGCUCACCGGCGAAUGGUACGUCAAGUUCGACACGUUCACGCCAGCAGCGGAGGGCGGGUUACCAGUGACGCGCGUGAUCAGCCGCAUGACUCUCCAGCAGAUCCUCGUGGACGCUGUUGGGGAGGGCAUCAUCCGGAACGGGUUGACCGUCGUUGACUUCGAAGACCAGGGCAAGCAGGUGGCGGUGAAGCUGAGUGACGGCAGCACGGUGUAUGGCGAUAUGCUGGUUGGCGCUGACGGCAUUCGCUCCAAGGUGCGAGAUGUGCUGCUGGGAGUGACAGAGCCCACCUACUCCGACUACACGUGCUACACGGGCAUCUGUGACUUUGUGCCGCACGACAUUGAGACCGUGGGGUACCGCGUGUUCCUGGGCCACAGGCAGUACUUUGUCAGCAGCGACGUGGGGUUUGGCAAGAUGCAGUGGUAUGCUUUCUACAACGAGCCUGCUGGCGGCUCCGACCCCCCCGGCUGUCGCAAGCAGCGGCUGAUGAAGCUCUUCGGGAACUGGGCGGACGGGGUGGUGGAUCUCAUUCAGGCGACGCCCGAGGAGGACGUGCUGAGGCGAGACAUCUACGACCGCAUUCCCAUCCUGCAGUGGAGCAAGGGGAGGGUGACCCUCAUGGGGGAUGCUGCUCAUGCCAUGCAGCCCAACAUGGGGCAGGGCGGAUGCAUGGCCAUCGAGGACGGCUUUCAACUGGCCCUUGAUCUUGAGAAGGCAGUGGAAGGGGCGAAGAAGAAAGCGAGCAGCAAGGGCGGGCAGCUCCGGCAGCACAUGGACGUGGCGGGCGUGGUGCAGCAGUAUGAGGCGGAGAGGCGGCUCAGAGUGGGGGCCGUGCAUGGCAUGGCCCGCACCGCUGCCAUCAUGGCGUCUACCUACCGGGCUUAUCUGGGGGAGGGCUUUGCUCCACUCUCGUGGCUGGUGAACUGGCGCAUCCCCCAUUGGGGCAAGAUGGGCGGGCAGGUGGUGAUGAAGCUGUUCAUGCCCGCCAUGCUCAAAUGGGUGCUCACCGGCAACACGUUCGCAUUGGAAGGCCGCGCGCCUUACUGCAGAAUCACAGACAGGGCGGAUUCGAAUCUAGCCAAGUGGAUGGAGGAUGACGAUGCAUUGGAGCGAGCAACCGAUGCCGAGUGGUUCCUGCUGCCUGCUGCUGACCGCAUGCCGCUCACCGGCACUCUCACUGACUCUGGUCGCCCCAUCCUGCCUCUCGCUAUUGCCACGGCCCCUGAAGGCGCUCCGGCCACCACCAUCACCUCGGCUAUCACCAUCGUUGGCUCUGCGGAGUGUGCACCUGCCAGCGGCACAGCAGCGGUCAUCUCUCUGCCUGGGGUGGAGGAGAAGCAUUGCCGCAUUGAGAGCCGCAGUGACCACACCUUCUAUGCGACAGACCUCAGCCAGAACCAGGGCACCUGGCUUGUCAGAGUGGACGGAGCACGGUCAAAGCUCACUCCAGGGUCCCCUGCCCGCCUGCACCCUGGCGACUCUCUGCAGUUCGGACCCAACCCCAAGGCUCUUUUCCGUAUCAAGCUCAGGAAGGCACAGGAUGGUGGGAAGGCCAAGGACGUGUUGGCAGCUGCGACUGCUUGA